UUCAAUCUCUACUUUUUGAGUAUGAAGCAAGGGGGAAAAAACUAUAAAUUAGUUGAAAUUGGCUUGCUUUAGGCAAUGAUUAGGUUAAUAACCUGCCACUUGAUUUGAGUACAUAGUAGCGUAAGUGUAUAACAUGAUCUACUGAACUGAAGUUUUACAGUUGAGUUUCAGCGUCACUGAUCUACUCAACUCAAGUGCCUCUAAAAUUUGGAAACGACAGAACAAGAGAGUAGUGCUUUUUUAACUGCGUAAGUUACCAAAAAUUGGGAAAGAAAAACAUGGUUAGAUAGAUUUUUUUUCAACCAAUUGGAGAAGGAGGAGGCCAUCUGUUAAAUUAAGCAGGGCCCAGUUUGCCGAACCCAAGAAGUGGGUUUACUACUAGCAAAAAACCAGCUGUUUCUGUUCUUCUCAAGAUCUGUUGUUCUUCCUCCUCUUCUUCUCUAUAUCUCAAGGAGGCAGCUACAGAAAAUGUGACCCUUUCAAGUUUCUGAUCUUUUUCUGUUUGUCUUGUGAAUAGAAAAGAGAGGAAAGAGGAUCCCUUCAAGUUAUUUGAGAUCUGGGCAUUACAAUCUCAGGAUCAUACCAAUUUCCAAGGAAAGAUAAGAUGGGAAAGAAAGGAAAAUGGUUGUCUUCUCUAAAGAAAGCCUUCAGCCCUGAGUCCAAGGAAAAGAAAAACCAGAAAUCAGAAGAACAGUUUUUGGAGAAUCAGGUGCAUUUAGGUCCCAGUGAUUCUGAUGCAGCCACUUUAGCAACUGUCAAGUUGUCCCGUCCUACUCAGCCAGGAAAGGUGAAAUUAACUGAAGCCGAGGCUGAACAGAGCAAACAGAAUUACCCUGUGACAGUUGCCACUGCUGCUGCUGAUGUUGUUGCUUCUACUGCUCCAACUCAGGCUGCUGUAGAGGUCGUUCGACAUCAGCUUAAUAUGGAUGCUAGGUUUACUGGAAAAUCUAAGGAGGAAGUGGCAGCUAUCAAAAUUCAAACAGCUUUCCGAGUUUACCUGGCAAAAAGGGCAUUGCGUGCUUUAAGAGGACUGGUAAGGCUGAAAUCAUUGAUGGAAGGGCCUGUGGUCAAACGGCAAGCAGCGAAUACCCUUCGGUGCAUGCAAACUCUUUCCCGUGUGCAGUGUCAGAUUCGUACUAGGAGAAUCAGGAUGACAGAAGAAAACCAGGCUCUUCAGAGGCAACUCUUGCAGAAACAUGCAAAAGAGCUUGUGAACUUGCAGAUGGGGGAAGACUGGGAUGACAGCCUGCAGUCGAAGGAACAAAUCGAGGCAAGCUUACUGAGCAAGCAUGAAGCUGCUAUGAGAAGAGAAAGGGCCAUGGCCUAUUCAUUUACUCAUCAGCAAACCUGGAAGAAUGCUUCAAGAUCUAUGAAUCCUUUAUUCAUGGAUCUGAACAAUCCCUCCUGGGGUUGGAGUUGGUUGGAAAGAUGGAUGGCAGCCCGGCCAUGGGAAGGCCGUUGCACAACCGAAAGAGAACAAAACAAUGACCAGUCAUCCUUAAGGAGUGCACGCAGCAACUUUGGAGGAGAAAUCAACAAAGCUUAUGCUCGCUACCAGCUCAACUUGGAUAAACAAUCCCCAAAGGCCAGCCAAAAGCCAAACCAAACUUUAACUCUCCUAUCCCCUUCUACUCCUAAGCCAGCUUCCACAACUGCCCGAAAACUGACGUUAGCAAGCCCUAGGGGCAGUGUGGUUGGUCCAGACAAUGACACAAGAAGCAUAGUCAGUGUCCAGUCAGAACGAAACCGGAGACACAGCAUUGCAGGCUCCUCAGUGCGUGACGAUGAGAGCCUAAUAAGUGCUCCCUCACUUCCAAGUUACAUGGUAACAACUGAGUCCGCAAGAGCAAAGACCAGGUUGCAAAGCCCCUUGGGACUAGAAGCAAAUGGAACACCUGAAAAGGCACCCAUUGCGUCUGCCAAAAAACGGCUUUCUUAUUGACCUUCACCAGCCAGGCCAAGGCGGCACUCUGGUCCUCCAAAAGUUGACAGCAGCCUCACUAAUGCAGAAGUUGCUGUGGUGAAUGGUGGGGGCAGUUAGUUAUUUCUAAUCACAAAAAACAUGAAGGAAAGCAAGCAUUAUAUGGCUGUGAAGAAGUCCAAAGGAGCAAAAACAAGAGGCAAAAUAGGAAUCAUAUGGUCAUUUGAUUUCUGAAUCUUCUACUUACACGGUCAAAGUUUUAAUUCAUUGUCCAGAGUGUUGUUAUUGUGAUAGAAUUGGUUGCUCGGAUCAGCUGUCAUCUAAAAAUUCCUUCUCAAUUCAUACAUCCUUGUUUAUUUAUUUAUUUAUGUUUAUGCUUUCAUAUGACAGACGGAAUGAUAUUUGUGAUUGACAGCAAAUUAUGUCCAAUUUCAGUUCAUUGAAAAUUUCUUGUGCUGUUUGUAAUGUUUUGUAUAAUAAAUACACACACUUCCUUGUUCUUUUUUAUUUUGGCAUUUGGUAUUGCACUGUUUAAUUG